UGGGAAUUUAUGAAAUUGAGAUUGUGCAAAAUCCUAGAGUAUUUUUACAGAGUACCUUUUAAUUCUCCCGUUGGAAUGCUCUAACCAGCUCAAAUUUUCAAUCAUCCACCUACAUUCUAAAUCACAUGAUUUACCAUAUCUGUGUUCCAAUCUCAGAAAUUUCUUGCAUUUGAGAUGCCUUCAUCUCCCAAGUACUUCACAUCCCGCCAACUCACCAACUCCUAUUCCCGCAGAUCCACGGCUCUGGUCGUGUUUUUCUUCAUCGGCCUCACAGGUUUUGUGUUUGGGCUAAUCGCUGUUUCGAGGCAAGGAUUGGGGCACAGAUGUGAAUACAAAGAGCCCCGAUCGGUCUCUGUAGUCUGGGACAAAAGCGGCGGAGGGGCGAUCGGUGGUGAUGUAGAGCGGAAGAGACACAAAGUUAUGGGCCUUGUCGGUAUCCAAACUGGGUUCGGAUCAGCUGGCCGCAGGCGGGCUCUCCGCCGGACUUGGUUUCCCUCAGAUCGACAGGGGCUCCGGAAGCUGGAAGAAUCCACUGGUUUGGCUUUUAGGUUUAUCAUUGGCAGAACUAGUGACAAAUCAAAGAUGUCGGAACUUAGAAGCGAGGUUUCACAGUAUGAUGAUUUUGUGUUAUUAGACAUUGAAGAAGAGUACAGUAAGCUCCCAUACAAAACUUUAGCUUUUUUUAAAGCUGCCUAUGCGCUUUUUGAUUCAGAGUUUUACGUCAAGGCGGAUGAUGACAUAUACUUACGGCCAGAUCGCUUGUCUUUACUUUUGGCCAAAGAACGUUCUCACUCACAAACAUACCUUGGAUGCAUGAAAAAGGGCCCAGUUUUCACUGACCCCAAACUCAAAUGGUAUGAACCAUUAUCAAAAUUGCUUGGAAAGGAGUACUUUUUACAUGCUUAUGGUCCUAUUUAUGCUCUUUCUGUGGAUGUUGUUUCUAGCCUUGUUGCACUAAGGAACGACAGUUUCCGAAUGUUUAGCAAUGAAGAUGUUACUAUUGGUUCUUGGAUGCUUGCAAUGAAUGUCAACCAUGAACAUAAUCAAGAACUGUGUCAAACGCAGUGUACAACCACAUCUAUUGCUGUAUGGGAUAUUCCAAAGUGUUCAGGAUUAUGUAACCCUGAGAAGAUGAUGCUGGAACUCCAUGCAAAAGAUAUCUGUUCAAAGAGCCCCACUCAACCUACAUUUGAAGAUGAUUAAAUCAUUCAUCAGCUGCCAAUAAACUUGCAUAGAUUCUAUGCUGAUUGUUGCAGAAGUAGAAUUGCGUGCAUUGGUUUUCCACCCAACACUGACUUGAUAGCAGCUUAAUGUGGUUCAGGGAUACUGGUACAAUGAUGCACAUUUUUUAUACAACGUUUGGUCCAUUUCGGGAUUAUAUGAUAUCCGGUGAUUUCUAGAGGAUUUUGGCAGGCCAUAGAUGAGGAUUUAGGUAAACAGAAAGAUUAUAAGUUGUGGAUGUGCUAAAAAUUGGUGUUCUGGUGGUCAUUUGUGGGAGACUAUUAUGUGCCUUGUAAGUUAUAAUACACAGUAACGCAGCGGUAAUGUAAUACACAGCACGUCUUAGACUCUUAGGUCUAAUAGCUAUACUGCUAUUUUUCAAUUAUCGUCUUUUUUUUUCUGAUAUACAAGUUCAAUGUGGCUUUUGUAGAUGACCUAAUUCCUCUUAUU